AAAGAGGCGUGUGCCCUGGGGCAGAACCGAGAGCAUGUGAGUGACUCUGGGCCCCUCAUCUCGCUGCCCUGACGCCCGCCUGAGCCUGGCUCCCCCUUCCCCUGCCAGGAUGCUGCUCCCUCUGCUGCUCCUCCCCUGGGCAUGGGGGGCCCGGGCUGCCUCCCCUCCUCUCCCCACAGCGUCUAUCACCCUGCGGCUGCUCCAGAUCAAUGUCUUCCACAACGCCAGCUCCACGGACAUGGAGGGGAUGGCCCUGCUGGGCGACCUGGAGACCCACUCCAUGGACUGCAGCGCCUGCCAGAUCCGCUUCCUGCAGCCCUGGGCCCAGCGGGGCCUGACCCCGAAGCAGUGGCAGAACCUGGAGCUGCUGAUCCAUCGCUACCUGUUUGACUUCAACCGUACUGUGACCAGAAUAGCUCAGCAGCAGGGAAUGGGCUACCCCUUUGUUACCCAGGUCUCUGUCAGCUGCGAGUUCCACCCCAACGGCACCUCUAGGGGAUUCUAUGAGGCCGCGGUGAACGGCGAGGACUUCAUCAGCUUCGACGCGGAUGCAGGCACCUGGGUCGCUAGGCAGGGGGACAAGCUGGCGCUCUACACCCGGGACCUUCUUAACCACGAGAGGAGCACGGCCAUCACGCUUCAGUUUCUCCUGCGAGCAACCUGUAUCAAUGAGCUCAAGAGCUUUGUCCAGUAUGGGAACGAGUCUCUGGAGAGGCAAGAGCGGCCGGUCGCCGUGGUGUUUGCCCGAGCGCCUCCCCCAGCCGGGACCCCCGUGCCGUUACUGCUGGUUUGCCGGGUCACCGGUUUCUACCCCCGGCCCGUCCGCGUGGCCUGGCUGCAGGACGGGGAGGAGGUGGCGCCGAGCGGGCGGCUGAACUCCAGCGGGAUCCUGCCCAACGCGGACCUCACCUACCAGCUGCGCAGCUCCCUGGCCGUGGAGCCGGGCGACGGGCACAGCUACGCCUGCCGGGUGGAGCACAGCAGCCUGGGGGGCCAGAGCCUGCUGAUCCCCUGGGAGCAGAGCAGGGGCUGGGGCCCCGGCCUGGCCGUGGGCAUCACCCUGGGGGUUCUGGCUGUAGCCGCCGUGGCCGUGGUGCUGUGGAGGAGCAGACGCAGGGGCUACCAGGACGUUAGACCAGGGGAGUCCAGGGCCUGAGGGCGGCACCGGCCCAGGUGUGGGCAUUGACCCAUCUCCUGGGGACAUGGACCUUGGGGCUGGAUCCGUGCCCGGCUCCAGAGCUGAGGGCCCCAAGGGCAGGACUGGAUCGGGGUGUCACAGAGUGUGGGGGAGUCCGGGCCCUGCACCCCCCUUCCUGGGAUUCACUGUGACUCUCAGCCAGCCAGUAAAAUGGAAGGUUUAUUGGACAACAGGAACAAACAGAGCUGUGGGUACAACCAGGACCCCUCAGUCAAGUCCUUCUGGGGGAGCAGGGAGCUUAGACCCCAGCCCUGGGGUUCCCUGUGUUCCUCCACCCAGCCCCAAACUGAAACCAACCCCCACCCAGCAGGCUCCCUCCUGCAGCCUCUGUCCACAUUCCCGGGCAGAGGUGUUACCUCCCCCUCCCCCUCCUGGCUCAGGUGACAGGCUCUCAGGUCUCCCACCCCCAGUGAAACUCCCCUGCCACAUUCCCAGGUCAACACUCCCCCCUCCUUGCUGCGUCACGGGUAGCAAGUGGGUUGCCCAUGGGACAUAGGCCAGCUACCCACAGGGAGCCCUGACAACACUACGCCCCACAGGGCGCCCGGGAGGCAGCUGGCUGGGCUGGGCUGAGAGCUCCUGGGGACAGGGCCCCUCCAGAGCUGGGUGUGAGGGACCCGGGCUCCAGGGGUAGGUUCUGUGUUUUUGUUCUGCGUCUGGGCAGCAGCGAGCCCAAGGGGGUCGUGGGCACGACCAGGCUCCUCGGCCCUGCGGUAAUAUAGCAAUAAUAAUAGUCCUGGCGGGGGGGGGGAAGAGAGGGAGGCUAGCGAGUGUGGACGUAGCGCAGCCAGGAGGGGUUUAUCCCCAGUGUGGGGACAGCGCCUCCCCGCACAGCCCUCGCCUGGUCCACACAUGCCCUGCUCUGCAGAAUGACUGUGUGCACAUGGGGGGCUUGGCGACACAGCGGUGUGCUGGGGUGUGGGGUCACACCUCUGACCCCCAGAGCUCUGUGUGUGUCCCGGGGGUGGUGUCACACCUUACCUGCAGAGCUCUGCUGGGAUAAGCAUUAAGUGUAGACCAGGCCACAGGCAGGGUUCAGGGGGACCAUCCAUGGGAGACUGGGACGUGGGCCCAUUACUCUCCAGGGGGCUCCAGCUCUAAUGCAGCCCCAGGGUGGGGGGACUGGCAGCUCAGUGGGGUGAGGAAUGGGACACGCGGCCUUUCCCAUUAGGGUGCACUGCCUCCAAUCCAGCCCCAGGGCAGGGGAGGGGCUGGGCUGGCUGAAGGAGGUGGGCAAUGGGGCACGGGGCCUUUACCCUCCUGCGGUGCCAGCUCCGCUCUGAUGUUAGUGACCAGAAUUCCUCCCCACGGGGCCUGGUCUGUGCCCUUAAUAUGUAGCGUUGCUCCGUGUCCCCUGCCCAAACCCGGCCUCCCCCAAUGGCACCACCUUCCCCCUUCCGUCUAACGCGCUGGAUGUUCACACUGCGCACGUCAGGAUGGGAUGGGAGGUGGAGGGUGGGACGGAGUGGGAAUUUUCUGUAAUAUUUUGUAUGAAUACUGUAUGUGCCUCAGUUUCCCCUAUAUGGUGCAUUGUUCGCUAGGUGGGGGAAAUGGCUGUUUACUCUUUGCAGAGGCCCAGCGAGGCAGGUGUGGCUGAUGCCCGGCUGUCUCGGCUUUGGGGCCCAGGUUCAUGUAGCAAAGCCAAACACGGCAACAUUUGCCACCUAGCACCCAGCAAAUGAUCCUGAUCGUGUCGACUUCCUGCCUCUCAGCAAGGGAGCUGCGCCCCAUUCCCCGGCCAAGAGCAUGGCCUGAGGAGGGACCAGGUGGGGGGUGAGCUCACCCGGGAACUAGAGACAAAGAGGGGAACAGGGGACAAAGAGGCCCAGAGCGGGAGCCAAGGGGUCCACACAGCUUGGCUGGGGCUGGGAGACCCCCCAAAGGAACUCAGCUGUACCCCAGGUGUCUGUGCUGGCCUGAGGGCUUCCUAUGCCGUGUGCUAGUCACCUAAUAAACCCACCUGCUUUGACAAGGC